AUGGAUUUCACAAUUCCAAGGAAUUGCUCCCAGGUAUUGGAGGACCAAUUACUUAAACUCAUUAAUGAAUAUCAAGAAGGUUAUCUUACCGAAAAAGGUUACAUAAAUAAAAGAUUACAAAUUCUUCAAUCUAUAUCUCCCAGACCCACGGCUUUACCAACAUCCCCAUUAUCGAAAACAGCAACUACAUUGAGCAACACGACUUCCACUUCUAUUCCUGUUCCUUCAGAAAUUCGCGAAUUUGAAUUCAAUUUAGCUGAUAGCAAAUAUUUUCCCGUUGACCAUAAUGAAAGUCUAAAUCAGCCCUUGACGUAUGAGGACGAGCAAUUUCCAUACUUGGAACCCUCAUUGAGUUAUCGCCUGCAAUUCGACAUACCAAAAGAACUACAGAAACCCCUAGAUCCAAGAGAUGUUGACGAAGUGCUUGAGCAAAAAUUCAAUAAUCUGCCUAGCAUUCUGAGACAUAGAGGCUCAAUUUACAAAAGGGAAGCUGCAAUAGUCAUUGUAGAUGCUAAGGGCAAAGAAUCGCAGUCCAUAUCUUGGGAAAGGCUGUAUUUGAGAGCUGAAAAAAUAGCACAAAAGAUCAAAAACAAAGCAGCUCUAUAUCCGGGUGAUCGAGUUUGUCUAAUUUAUCAGAAUAUUGAAGUCAUAGAGCUAGUCAUUGCUGUGUAUGCUUGCUUUUUAUCUGGUACCGUGGCUGUUCCAAUGAAUAGUGGUCUGUCGGUAAAGGAGCUAGUCAAAAUCAUGACUGACACCCAGUCUCAUCUUUGUUUAAUGUCUGAUUCCGUCCACAAACAUUUUGAGAGGCAGUCAAACGGACCGAAACUUACUAUUUGGCCCAAAGGCAUGGACAUCUGGAAAACAACGGAUAUGGGACUGGCUGCAAAAGAUGAAGAUCCUCCAGCUAUGAAAAUCAGUGAUCUCGCCUAUAUUCAAUACACCAAAAGCUCAUUUGGUGAGCUCAGAGGUGUUGUCAUAUCUCAUAGGACUAUAAUGCACCAAAUGAGCUCGAUAUUGUCAAUUCUUACGAGCAAGCCUACCAUGGAAGCACAAGAAUUCGUGAGAUCAGAUAUCAGAUAUUCGAGUUCUAAUAAUUUCCUUUUGAGCACCUUAGAUGCUCGUGACUCGGUCGGCCUGAUUGUUUCAGUAUUAUUUACGGUCUUCACUGGAAAUACUCUACUUUGGAUGCCGCAGCGAUUAACAGAAGUUGCAGGCUUACUGGCUCAUGUGAUAUCAAAGUAUAGAGUUUCAGUUAUGCUUUCCGAUUAUUUGAGCUUGAAACAAGUUGCCUACAAUUAUCAGUCUUUUCCCCAAAUGACCCGGACUUUCAACAAGAAAGUUAAAGUUGAUCUCUCAUGCGUUAAGUGGUGCCUGAUAGACACAGUUAUCGUGGACUGUGAAUUUAAUGAUAUGCUUGUGAAUAGAUGGUUUCGUCCGCUAGGACAUAAGUCACCGCGCCAAAUUAUCGCACCUAUUCUAGCCCUUAAUGAACAUGGAGGGAUGAUUAUAUCAAUGAGGGACUGGAUAGGAAAGGAGGAGAAUCUGGGAUGCACAUUCCGCAGUCCGAUGGCAGAUGAUUUGCCUAGUGAUGCUUACGAAGAUGAAGAUGAGAAUGAUGAAAAUAACAAAUUAUCGGAGCUUUUGAUUGACAAAGCUUCACUGACCUCAAACACUGUUAAGGUUGUGAGCGAUAGACCUCCUCCAGUUUCCACUCUCAUGGACAACAGUGAGUCUUCCAAGUACAUUAGAGUAGGUGCAUUUGGAUACCCCCUGCCUGAUGCCACGCUUGCAAUUGUAAAUCCUGAGACUCGGUUUCUUAGUGGUAACAUGGAAGUUGGAGAAAUUUGGGUGGACUCACACUGUAUCUCCGGGGGAUUCUGGAGCCUUGCAGAUGCUACCCAAACUAUUUUUCAAGCAGAGUGCUCAGAUUAUGAAGGAAUCCUCAACCUAAAAUUCGUUAGAACGGGAUUACUCGGAUUCACGUAUAAUGGCAAAGUUUACGUUUUGGGCCUCUAUGAAGAUAGAAUUAGUCAAAAGGUAACAUGGUACGAUCAGUAUUUGCAGCAGAAAAAAAAAGAUGGUAACCACACAUUUGAACAACCAUUGAAUCAAUAUAGGUAUCACUAUGCAGGUCAUCUGGUAAAGACGCUAGUCAGAAACAUGAAUGAGGUUUCGGACUGCUCAUUUUUUAACAUCACGAUAAGUCGUGAACACGUGCCUAUUAUGAUUAUCGAGUCCCCAUCUGCUCAAAUGUUACCUGCAGCAGUAACGACACAAUCUGGAGAUCGAUUGAACUAUCCAGCUUUGGAUGAGAUGGCUUCAAAGGCAUUUCAAAUUCUCGAGCGGAUGCAAAAUGUCCGCUUGCAUUGUAUCCUUUUGUGUGCGCCAAACUCACUUCCAAGAACUCCACGGAGUGGUAGACCAGAGAUUGCCAACAUGCUUUGCAAGCGGCGGUUUAUGGAGGGAAAAAUUCCAUCCGUUUAUGUGAAGUUCAAUCUAUCGAAUUCGCUGAGUGCAAUACCCCACGGAGAAGACAUAGUGGGUGGAGUUUGGUCUCGAUAUUCUUCCAAUUCUAGGGUAGAGGCUCUCAACUACACAGAUCUCCAGUAUUCAGGUCUGGAUCUGAGAGAAAAAUGUGUGGAUGAUCGAACAAAUUUGGAGCUAACAGAAUAUAAAUCAAUACUUGAGCUGUUCAAAAUAAGAGCUUCAAGACAAGCUGAUGAGAUGGCAUAUGGGAUCAUUGAUAGACAAAGUGCCAAAGAAAGCAAAUCCUUGUCCUGGAAAAAAGUGGAAAUGAAAGUAUUUGCAGUUUGUUCUUACAUCCUUGAAAAGCAAAAUCUCAAAUCCAGUGACUGUGUUAUACUGAUGUACCCAUUAUCUGAGGAAGUAAUUAUGUGUCUAUAUGCUUGCUGGUUUGGAGGGUUAGUGCCCAUUCUUUUGCCCCCAUUGGAUGUGACUCGCCUUGACGAAGACACGUUUUCACUUGUAAAAAUCAUUAGGGAUUUCAAUGUACAGGCAAUAUUUGUGAACAAUGAUACGGAAACAUUACUGAAAAACAAGCCAGUGAACUCUAAGCUCAAAACCCUUUCAAUCCAACAGAGGAUCAUUAUUCCAAAGUUUCGAAAUACUACUAAACAUACUAAAUACUCUAACAGCUCAAAGAUGAUGUAUCAAAAGAUGGAACAGUAUAGAUCAAGACCACGAAUCAAGAAAAACGAAUGUCUCGUGUGGAUCUCUUGGACCGAGGAUCACCAGUAUAAAGGAACGAAAUUACGACACUCGAAUUUGAUGGCCAUGUGUAAAAUUCUCAAAGAAACAUGCCAAAUAAAUAGCACGGGACCUUUAUGCGCUUGCGUGAGACACUGUUCAGGGCUUGGGUUUCUUCAGUCGAUGAUGCUUGGUGUCUAUUUGGGAACCACGACAUAUCUGAUAUCGCCUUUAGAUUAUUCAUUGAACCCUUCCAAAUUUUUUUUGAGCCUGGAUCGUUAUAAAGUGGAAAACGUGUUUGUCACAGAAAAGAUGAUAGCUUAUGCCAUCGAGAAUCCUGCCCCAAAAAAGUGCGAUCUCUCGUCUUUGAAAAACCUAAUGAUUGGGUGGGACGCCCGUCCAUCCGGAAAACUAUUAAAUGACUUUUUGAACCAUAUGCAGCUGACAGAUUUAUCGCCUUUCGCUGUGUCCAAUGUGUACCAGCACGAUCUCAAUCCUAUGAUAACACUGAGAUCAUAUCUGUCUUUUGCUCCUGUUGAUUUAUGGGUCGACCCUCUCGCAUUGACUCAAGGAUAUGUGUCAUUGGUCAAUCCUAGCGAUUCACCGUAUGCAAUUCAUUUGCAGGAUUCGGGCAUAGUUCCUGUGAACACACAGUUAGCGGUGGUCAAUCCUGAGACAUCCAAGAUGUGCAAGGUUGGAGAGUUUGGAGAAGUUUGGGUUUGCUCUGAGUCGACAGUCUCAAAUGUGACAAUAACGCAGCAAGGAAAGUUUGAUGAUUCUAGACUGAAAGCCAAAAUUGAAAAUUGGAACAAAGAUUUGGACUAUAUGAGAACGGGCGAUCUUGGCUUUUUACACAAUAUUGAAAAGACUCUAGAUAAUGGAAAUGUCGUUGAAAUGCAGCUACUUUUCUACUUGGGAAAAAUUGAAGAGACUUUUGAGGUUUUGGGAAUGCAGUACUUUGCGAUUGACAUAGAAGAAUCAAUUAAUGCACUCGUUGGUUCCAUACUUAUGACAUCAAAAUCUCGCCCUACAAGAAGCUGUGUAUUCAAAGCUGGUGACUACGUUGUUGCGACGAUUGAAACGGGACGCCCAACAAAUCACUUGAGUUCGCUGGUGCCGUUGAUUGUCAGCAAAUUACUGAAUCAAUUCGGGCUUAUACUCGAUAUCGUUGCUUUUUAUGAACCCAAUCAAAUGCCAAUUUCACGGCUUGGUGAGGUGCAGCGUGCUAAGUGCCUAAAGAAGUGGAUGAAAGGAGAACUGAAAUUUCUGCAAACAUUCGGUAUCAGUGAAGGUGAGGAGAAAAUGAAAGAGGUAAUUCAGUUGAUUAAGGAAGCAACUGACAAGUCAUACAGCGAUGCAAAAAUAGAAUGA